AUGGAUUCCAGCCCCCAUAAGAUCUAUCAUGUACACGGAUUUGAUUCCAGACAAGCCCUGGAGGAUUAUUUUUCAGAUAAACCUGAUAUGGCCUUUGAAGAGGAUGCCUUGAUGUUUCCCAUUGAAAAUCUUAAGAAAACUUUCACAGAGGAACAUAUUAAAGGAGAUGUCCUGAUAGACCUCAGCGCUGGUUCCUAUGUCCAUCAUCUGUUUUCGGCCUGUGAGUUUUUCAAUCACACCAUAGUCCUGAAGGUCCAAGACAGAUGCAUCAUGGAGCUGAAGAGAUGGCUGGACACACGGACGGGAGCAUUCAAUUGGGGCCAUGUCACAAAACUUCAUGUAGAAAAAAGUGACCAGUUGCAGGACAAAGAAGAAAAAGUUAGAUCGGCCAUUCAACAUGUGAUGAGAUGUAACCUUGAGAAAGAAAAUAUGACGGAUCCGAUAGUCUUACCACCAGCAGAUUGUAUCAUCAGCGCUUGGCUCCUAGAUCAGAUCAGCAAAGACCAAGAGGAUUAUAUAAGAUAUCUCAGGAAGUUCUCAGGGUUACUAAAACCGGGAGGACACCUGAUAUUAAUUGGGAUUUUAGAUACAACAUAUUUUGAAGUUGGGAAAGACAAGUUCCAUGCUCUCACAUAUGAUGAGGAUUUUGCCAGGAAAGCUCUAGUUGGAGAAGGAUUUGUUAUAGAUAACUGUGUGGUUAAGAAGAGAACGGCUGUGAGUGACCUUAUUGAUUAUAAAGAACUUGUAUUUAUUGAUUCUCACAAGCAGAAGUAG